AGAGCAGAUGGUCCGCUUCUAUGAGAAUGAGAGACUGAACGACUUGGAGUUGCGGCUUGGGUUCCUGGUGUGCAGGCAGAUAGAAGAGUUCAUAUCCGGUCUCUACCCAAGGGGCUCCGUGUUGCCUUUCGGGUCGCUCGUCAAUGGAUUUGGCCGGCAUAAUUGUGACAUAGACAUGGUCUACUGCGUUCCAGAGAGUGUGGAUGCGAAAGGACAGCUGUACUUUCAAGACAAGCACCAGAUGAUCAACGACAGGACACUGGUGCAGAGGAUAUUGGAGACCUUGGGCGACCUGCUUCACUACGUGGUGCCUGGCGUCUCCGAAGUUCACCGCAUCCUGCGGGCCCGCGUGCCCAUCGUCAAGUUCCAGCACGACAUAGUCGGCAGGGAGUGCGACCUGACGCUCAACAAUAUGUCCGGGGUGGACAUGUCUCGUGUGCUGCACUUCUGCAGCCAGCUGGCACCCAGCCUGGGGCCCCUGGUGUUCACCCUGCGUGGCUGGGCUAGCGCGCAGGGCCUCACCAACAAGGUCCCCGGCACGUGGAUCACCAACUUCCAGCUCACCCUGCUGGUCAUCUUCCACCUGCAGAGGAAGGGCCUUUUGCCUCCCCUCAAGACUCUCGAAGGUCAGGGGACUCGACGGUAG